UUUUUAUUUAAAAUUGAGGAAUUACACUUAGCAUUCAACUAUCUUUUAAACGUUUACAAAUACAAGUUAUCUAACAUGAUAUUGUCACGUAUUUAAACACCUUCAUGACACUAUUACUACUUUUAUUUAAGUAUUUAUUGUCUACGUAACACUUCUAUUAUUAAUUAGUUAUCCAUUCACCACUAUAUAUACACUUUCUCACUUCUUAGCAUUGCAUCGCCUCGAAUUCGUCCUUGUACUAACUAAUUUGAUUUUGCCACAAAUAUUUAUAGAAACUGGCCGUUUUUCUAGAAUGAUCCACUAUAUACCGUCUAGAAACCUGGUCUUCACUGUAUAUGUUGGGUUUAUGUUUGUAUUACGGAAAACAGAUCAUUUUUUGAUUUUGCAUGAUUACAAGAUCGUUAUUGCAUCAAACGAUUAAAUUAAGGAAAUAAACUGCUAAAAAUUAAGUCUGAAAUAUUAUCUUGUAGUUUAUAAAAAAAUUGAUAGACGAGUAGCUGAUCAAAUAACAGAGAUAGUUCAAGAAAUGACCCUUUAAAUAAAGUCUAAAAUAGUUGGUAGAACUGUAGUUUGAACCAUAAAACAAAUUAUUCCACUACUACACUUCAUAAAUAAAUGUAUCAAUGUUUUGGUAACUUCUACGACAUGGUUUUAUAGAUAAAAUGCCUGAAUUCAACUGAUAAAAUAAUUCUAAACGUUUUGAAUUUGACAAUACACCAAGGUGUCACCUUUAAUUAUAUUGGAGGUGACCAGUAUUCUGUUUAUGUUGUGGAAUGGUGUUUAUACCCGGAAAACGAAACCAUGAGUAUCAAAUUAAAUAAACCCUUAACGCCAGGAAGUACCUACAAUCUUAAAAUCCGAUUUACCGGAAAUCUCAGUUACUACUAUAGAGGAUAUUAUAGAGAUUAUUACUAUGAUUCGACGAGCAAGGAAAAGAAAUGGAUGGCAUUUACGAACUUUCAACCAACGGAUGCCAGAAGGGCAUUUCCAUGUUUUGACGAACCGAACUUUAAAGCUACUUUUGAAAUAAGUCUCGGGAGGUUGAGAAAAUACAACACUUUAAGCAACAUGCCUCUCGAAAGAACCGAACCCAUGAAGGAUCGAGAGGGCUGGGUUUGGGAUAGAUUCCAAAAAUCAGUACGAAUGUCGACAUACCUUGUGGCUUUCGUUGUGUCUGAAUACAAACCUUUGGUCGCUCCAAAAGCCCCUACCAAUAAUGUGAUAUUCAAAAUUUGGUUUUCGGAUCACGAAAACAAUCUAACCAGCUUAGCAGCGAAUACGGCCUCAAAAGGGUUAGAAUUCUUCGAACAGUACCUUAAUAUCAAAUACGUUCUUCCAAAACUAGAUAUGGUAUCUGUAAACCGAUUUCCGGCUGGUGCUAUGGAGAAUUGGGGACUUAUAAUCAUCUUACACCAUUAUCUUCUUUAUGAUCCCAAUUCGUUAUCGCAUUCAAAAGAAACAGCCAUUACGAGCGUUAUUUUCCACGAGCUAGCUCACCAAUGGUUUGGAAAUUUAGUUACAAUAAAGUGGUGGAGUGAUAUAUGGCUUAAUGAAGGUUUUGCCACUUUCAUGGCAGCAUUAGCAGUUCAUCAUCUUUAUCCUGAAUGGGAUUCGCUUAAUGAAGAAAGAAUAAAUGAUGUUUCAAUGAUAUUUUCUAUCGAUUGUCUAAACAGUUCACGGCCGGUCUCUUCACCAGUUAGAACACCUCAAGAAAUACUGGAUAAUUUUGACAGAUUGGUGUAUCAAAAAGGCUCUUGUCUGGUGAACAUGAUGUUUCACUUCCUAGGAGAGGAAACGUUUAAAAAAGGAAUAACUAAAUAUUUGGAAGAAAACAAAUUCAAAAAUGUUGAACAAGAUGAUCUCUUUCAAUUUCUGACAAAUGAAGGUCAUAUAAGCGGUACACUUGCAAGAAAAUUCAAUGUCAAAACUAUAAUGGACACAUGGACCCUUCAAGCAGGAUAUCCUGUUAUAACAGUUAAUAGAAGUUAUGAAGACAAUUCAACAAAAAUAACUCAGGAGCGAUUUUACCAAGAUAAAAGUAUUUCACCAACAAAUGAAUGUUGGUGGAUACCGUUGACUUAUACAAAUCAACGCAAAAAAAGAUUUGGUAAGACACGUACACGUACAAAGGAUUGGUUAUCCUGUCCACCAAACACGAAGAUUAUUAAGAACAUUGCGACAAAAAAUGAAUGGGUAAUUUUCAAUAUUCGGAUGGUAGGUUUGUAUAGAGUGAAUUACGACGACCAAAAUUGGGAAAUGUUACAAUCUACGUUAAAUAGUGAAUCAUACAACGACAUACCUGUUUUAAAUAGAUUUCUGUUAAUCGAAGACUCUGCUAAUUUGGCAGCUUUAGACAAAAUAAGUUACAAGAUUUUCUUUGGAAUAUUACGGUAUUUAGACAGGGAAAUUGAUUAUCUUCCGUGGGAAGCAGUAUUGAAGAACUCAUACCGUUUUAAAAUUAGCUUACGUAACACCACCGCGUUGGAAUUAUAUCGCGAAUUUAUGAAACGCCUGUUAGAGCCGAUAGCGGAAAAGAUAAAAGCGAUAACAGUUGAGGGACAAGAACCAGGAGAAUUGAACAAAUUGAAAUUGAAGGAAAUUGUUUUAGAACUUGCAUGCGUUUUUAAUACAAGCGCCUGUAUGGCAAACGUAGGACAAAUGUUCAGAGAGCACGUUAUAAGUCCCCGAGUUAAUACCAUACCGCAGGAGCUUCGGUCAGUGGUGUAUUGUAACGGAAUGAAAAAUGCUGGUGACAACGAAUGGAACUUCUUAUGGAGCAAAUAUAAACAAACAGACGCAAUUAACGAGAAAGACGAAAUUUUAGAGUCAUUAGGAUGUAGUGAGAAUCCCUCCUUAUUGCAACGCUACUUGCAAGUAAUUGUUGAUGAAAGAUCUGGUCUAAGAAAAGGCGAUAGUUUAAAAGUAUUUAGUGCAGUUGCCAAAAACGAAAUGGGAUAUCAAAUUGCCAAAUCAUUUUUUCAAACCAACGUUCAAAAGAUCUUCGAGAGGUAA